UGGCCCUCCCGCCUCCCCCUCGGCGGGGCCCUUCCCUUUACUACGGCGCUGGUGACAUUCAGCAGGACCCGCUAGCGCAGCCGGGCUCCCGCGGCCCCGAGGCUGGGGCGCCCGCGGCUCUCUGCUCCUCUCACCCGGGCACCUCCGGAGGAGCGGCAGCCCAGAGCUCCCGGCAGGCCCGGAGACCCCCAACCGGACAGCCUUGGCGGGCGGAUCCCCGCCCCCCGACCGGGUCCGGGAGCUUCGGUCCGCCCUGCCCAGCCCAGCUCAGGCGCAGGGCGAGGACGGAGGCGGCGAGCGCCAGGGGGACCCGGCCUCCCUGCUCGUAUAUGGCAAAGUUUCUCGCGGCGCUCCUGGGCUGCACGCUGCCGAGCAAGGGCGCCUCUCCCAUGCUGGAGUCGAAAAGCCAUUCCCAAGUUGGCCUGAAAUCAAGCACAAAGCAAAAGGGCACCAUUUUUAGCACACUGGCUGGUGAGAAGCCCUCAUCUGACUACAAAAAGGAAAGUAUGCCUCAGACACCUCCCUUUUCAGCCAUGUUUGACAGCAGUGGUUACAACCGAAAUCUCUACCAGUCUGCAGAGGACAGCUGUGGAGGCUUGUAUUACCAUGACAAUAACCUCCUUUCUGGAUCUCUGGAGGCUCUUAUCCAGCACCUAGUACCCAAUGUGGAUUACUAUCCAGAUAGAACAUACAUAUUCACCUUCCUGCUUAGUUCUCGCCUAUUCAUGCAUCCUUACGAGCUAAUGGCCAAAGUCUGCCACUUGUGUGUUGAGCACCAGCGACUGAGUGAAGGGGAUAGUGAGAAGAACCAGAUGAGAAAAAUUGCACCUAAAAUUCUCCAGCUCCUGACAGAGUGGACAGAAACAUUUCCUUACGACUUCCGGGAUGAGAGGAUGAUGAGAAACUUAAAAGACCUGGCGCACAGGAUGGCCAGCGGCGAGGAGCAGACAUACCGGAAGAAUGUCCAACAGAUGAUGCAGUGUCUCAUCCGAAAACUCGCUGCCCUCAGCCAGUAUGAGGAAGUCCUGGCUAAACUCAGCUCCACAGCCACAGACCGGCUCACAGUUCUGAAGACCAAGCCACAGUCCAUACAGCGGGAUAUCAUGACCGUCUGCAGCGAUCCUUACACGUUGGCCCAGCAGCUGACUCACAUUGAGCUGGAGAGACUCAAUUACAUUGGUCCAGAAGAAUUUGUUCAGGCGUUCGUGCAGAAGGACCCUUUGGACAAUGAUAAGACUUGCUACAGUGAACGGAAGAAAACGAGAAAUUUAGAAGCCUACGUAGAGUGGUUUAAUCGCCUAAGCUACCUGGUUGCAACAGAAAUCUGCAUGCCCGUGAAGAAGAAGCACAGAGCGAGAAUGAUUGAAUAUUUCAUCGAUGUGGCUCGAGAGUGUUUCAACAUUGGAAACUUCAACUCCUUGAUGGCAAUAAUCUCUGGUAUGAACAUGAGCCCGGUCUCGAGACUAAAAAAAACUUGGGCCAAAGUGAAGACGGCAAAGUUUGACAUUCUUGAGCAUCAGAUGGACCCUUCAAGCAAUUUCUAUAACUACAGAACAGCUCUCCGAGGCGCAGCGCAAAGGUCCCUAACUGCUCACAGCAGCAGAGAGAAGAUUGUGAUACCAUUCUUCAGUCUCUUAAUCAAAGAUAUUUAUUUCCUCAACGAGGGCUGUGCCAAUCGUCUUCCAAAUGGCCACGUUAACUUCGAGAAAUUUUGGGAACUGGCCAAACAAGUGAGUGAGUUUAUGACGUGGAAACAGGUGGAGUGUCCAUUCGAGCGGGACCGGAAGGUCUUACAAUACCUGCUCUCAGUGCCCGUGUUCAGUGAAGACGCUCUCUACUUGGCUUCUUAUGAGAGUGAAGGACCUGAAAAUAAUAUAGAGAAGGACAGAUGGAAGUCUUUAAGAUCCAGCCUGUUGGGCAGAGUUUAACAUAUGGAGACUGUUGCUGCUGCUGCUGCUGCUGC